CGCGCCCCGGAUAUCGCUUCCUUGAGUCAGGGAGAACAAAGUGCAUCACGGAGAAAAUGAGCUCUGCUCGCGCACUUGCCGCCCUCUUGCUGGCCUUGACGUUAUGCUCUCCCGGCACAGUCGAUUGCAGCAAUCUCGUGGACAUUCUUAAGCAAGACGGGCAAUUUUCCAUCCUCUACAACGCGUUGGAAAAGUCGGAAGAGUUGGACGAGGUGGAAGGUCGCCCGACUGUGAAUGGCACUUCCUUCGUCCUUUUCGCUCCGACGGACACGGGCUUUGCGGAAGAGUUCCACCCGGACAUUCGGGCAUGUCUUCAGGCGAGCGCACCCGCUAAGAGGAUCGUAGUCCAGCUCCUGCGUUACAUGCAGGUCACCACCCAGAAUACUCCGGUUGAGAAUGCGAUGGAUCUCCUCAAGCAGGCACAGGACAACAAGAUCUGGACUGUUCUCGGCCAGGUCGUCGUGGUCGCAGGGGGAACCAAUAAUAGCGUAACGCUGAAGUCCGUGUCCGGAGUGAGCCAGGCCGUUGCCACCGAAUUCCGACUAUUGGACGUGAACGUGACGCUUAUCCCGCUUGCCAGCGGCAUCGUUAUCGCCCAUAACCUGUCAGAUCAGAUCGUGGCGGCUUGCCUGCCUGCAUCAUCCUCCGCUGCACCCAACUCUCCCUCUGUACACAAACUUAACAGCAACCCCAAAUCUGGCUCCCGCCCGGCCCCUGCUUCUGCUCCUGUGAAGAAACCCGUCACUCCUGCUUCUGCUCCUGCUUCCAGGCCUGUUAAUUCCGGUAUGGCUGCGUUGCCUUCAGCUGCCAAUGACAUUAAGAGCAGUAUCACGUCUCCUCUUCCGUCCCAAAGUCAAUCGGCUCAAGCUUCUCAGCAUCUCCCCACGAAGUUCUCCCAAGUUAACGCAGCGUGCACUGCUCCGCGAUGUUCUGAUGAAGUUCCUGUGACCUGCAGUCGAGAUCUCGUAUCCGGAGGAAAUUCUGCUGCAGCUCUCCUGGCAGGCUGGCCACACUCUCCAUAUAUUCCUUCAGGCAAAAUGGGAGAGACUUCAACCGUUCAGAAGAACAUGUCUCUAGGAUCUGAGGAAAAAAACAGAAUCAAAGGAAUUCUGGCAGACUGCUACAAUGAAGGGUUACUCCCUGAGGACCUCCUCCCGGAACGAGUAGAAGUGGGGGAUGAUUUUGUGAGGGUGAUGGUAAAUCCCAACCACUACGCAGUUCAGGAGGAAUGGCUCAAAGAGAAUGCUCUGACUGUGGCUUUUGGACACGACGCGAAGUCAAUUCCGGUGUCUGUCAAAAUUCGUUUGAUCCGUAUGCAUGAAGAUGGCUGGGCCAAGGGUGGGUCGAUUAGUGCCGCACCUAAGAGAGGGGUUUUUCAUAACGAGGGCUUUAACCUGGUCACAUAUGUGGCAUCGGCAAAAGAAAUUGCGAUGUGGCUGCUAAGGAAAAAAGAAGAUAAAAUCGUGCUGGAUGGGAAAACUUACACCAUGACUUUCAGACCCUGGAUGUCAGAAGAUGAGCUUUUUGAAUGGCGGGAGGCCAUGAGGUAUAAAUUCUUUUGGGUUCGAUGUAAGUAUGUCCCGGUGGCGGCCCUUCCUUACCUUGCCACGGCAGUUCAAAGUGCCUUCGGGAAAAUUCUCAAAAAAUUUGAGACAUAUGCUGACCCAAUAGCCCCGGAAUUAGUGAAUGUUCGUUUUGAUCUGGAGCCUGCCGCCCGUGUGCGCUAUAGACCAUAUCUAAUAAUAGAUAUGAAGAAAGGCGGCUUCGUGGAAAUAGAGGUGGUCCAUGCGCAGACUCCGUGGUGUAAAGUCUGUCGUCAAAACUUCCAUCAUGAAGAUGACGAUUGCUGUCCUGCACGUCAACAAGGGAAUCUGCAGGAAAAAGGGAAAAAGGUGGGUGAUGGGUCCCUGACUGAAGAGGAGAAGUCAGAUCGGGUACAGGAUGAUUGGGAAACACAGAAGGAGAGCAUCUCGAAAGGAGGGAACAAGGGAAGAAGGAAGGAUAAGCGAAAGGGAGAAGAUGGGCAGGCUGCUACCCAGGGAGACCUGGAAAAUCAGCCAAAGGAUGUGGACAUGGAUGAGGAGGAUAAGGGCUCGUUGGGGGGAAAUCGAGAUGAGGAGAAAGAAGGGACCCAGAGUAAGGGUAAGCAAGGUAAGGAAGUCAAGAAAAGGAAGGUUCCUAAGAAAAAGAAGAAGAUCGCCAGUAAAAGAACCAAGGAACCAAGAGUUCGAAAAGAGUGGAGACCGAAUACAUUACAGAAAACUUCAGAGGAACAGGGCAUUGUAGAGGAAGAAAAACCUUCACAGAAACAGGGCUCAGUGGAGGAGGAAGAGAAGGUGAUGAUAAUAGAGAAGGUUGAAAAUACUCCUAGAAAGAAGGGAGAUGAGAGGUCAGUCUCAGAAGAAUAGGGAUUGAAGCAAAGGGAUGAAGUUUCGGGUCAAGCUGUAGCAUCGGGAGACCUCAUGGCUCUCGGCCAUGGGGCAACAGUCCCCCUCCCCUCGUCCCCCCUCCCUCCUACUUCGAAUGACCCUCCUCUCUCCCCCCCCGUUGCCCUUAUGCUUUGUUCCUCCCCGUCGCCUUCGCCCAAAGUUGAUCAACUACCAGGGGUGCCAGCAGGGAACGGAACCCAAGGAACACCGGAUAAACUUCGUACCCCUGCGCCGCAGGUUUCAGACACAACUGAUCGAGCGGCUACUACGUUGACACACCUGUCUAUCGAAAACCUGAAAAACUGCUCUAUUUACACUAAUGAAUGCUUUAAUAUUGG